AUGUCUCUCACAGAGUCUUCGGCGAUUGACAUCGCCAAAGCCGCCUCUUCCGCUUCCCGACAUCUUGCGACCCGGUCUGAAGCAGAGCGCAACGAAGCCCUUACUGCGCUACAUGAUGCUCUCCUGGCAAAUAAGACAGCCAUACUCGAGGCCAACGCCAGGGACCUCCAAGCUGCAGAACAAUCUGUUGCGGGCGGAAGCCUCAGUCAUAGCGUCUUGAAGCGGCUCGACCUGUCAAGACCAGGAAAAUACGAUGACAUGUUGCAGGGUAUCUUGAGUGUGAGGAGUCUAAAGGACCCCAUCGGAAACGUGACAUUGAGGACGCUCCUUGACGAUGGCCUCACGCUCGAAAAAGUGACGUGCCCAAUUGGCGUUCUGCUAAUAAUUUUUGAGGCCCGUCCAGAGGUUAUCGCAAAUAUCGCUGCGUUAUCUAUCAAGUCGGGCAAUGCUGCAAUCUUGAAGGGCGGGAAAGAAUCCACAGAGUCAUUUGUGACCAUUGCCAAUGUGAUAUCAGAAGCUAUAUCGCAUACUCGAGUGCCGCAAGCAUCCAUUCAACUUGUGAAAACAAGGGCUGCAGUUUCCGACUUGUUGGCACAGGACUCCUUCAUCGACCUCGUCAUACCUCGCGGAUCCAACGACCUUGUUAGAUUUGUAAAAGAACAUACCAAAAUACCGGUUCUUGGACACGCAGAUGGUAUUUGUUCCGCAUAUCUGCACUCGGAUGCCAACCCAGAAACUGCUGUCAAGGUAGUGGUCGACUCGAAGACUGAUUAUCCAGCUGCUUGCAACUCAUUGGAAACCCUGCUCGUACAUGAAGAUGUCUUGAAAAGCGUUUUCCCGCUUGUCGCUAAAGCGCUUAUUGCCAAGGGCGUUACCCUCCGCUGCGAUGUGUCCUCCAAAGUUGCGCUCGUGAAAACAUUGACUCCCGCUGAGGCAGAGGCGCUACGUGAUGCUCAGGACUCCGAUUUCGACACGGAGUUUCUAGAUCUUACGUUAGCCGUCAAAACAAUUGUUCCCCAGCUAUCUAUGACGGGUGUUGAGGUGGCAGUGACCCACAUCAAUGCUCAUUCCUCCAAACACACGGACAUUAUCGUCACCGAAUCAGAAGAUGCGGCCAACUUCUUCAUGAAAGGUGUUGAUAGCGCCGGAGUUUUCUGGAAUGCAUCGACGAGAUUUGCAGACGGAAUGAGGUACGGAUUCGGCACAGAGGUUGGUAUCAGCACAAAUAAGAUACACUCUAGAGGACCUGUUGGAUUGGAUGGAUUGACAAUUUACAAGUAUCUGAUCCGAGGUAAUGGCCACCGGGCAGGGGAUUACUUUGAGGGCGAAGGCGGAAGAAAGUACAAGCACGAGAAUUUGCAGAUACGCUAG